AAACAAACCCAAACCCCAAGGUUGAUUUCUACAAAGAUGGAGAACUCAUCAAGAAUGAGACCACAGGAGAGAUGACCAUCCCUGCAGUAUCCAAGUCAGAUGAAGGCUUCUAUAAGUGUAAAUCUACUGAAGGAGAAUCACCAGAGAGCUGGGUGACAGUGAGAGGCAUAACUCCUGGACCCUCUACAUCAGUCCUAGUAGUAGUGGUUGUGGGCCUGGUUGUUGCUGGUGUUCUACUGGCCAUUCUCCUGGUACUGCUGUGUCGAUAUAAAAACGCCAAAGGUUCCUGUUGUAACAGGAUAUUCUCGCCCCCCCAGCCACACAGCACCAACCUGGACCCCCAACAGGACCAAGGAUCUACCCAGGGCCAGGCUCCUGAUGCUGGGUAUACACACCUGCAGCAUGGUGGCGCUAACAUCUACGAUGCAAUCACUCCCUCAUACAAUAAUGACAAUGAUGCUGCUGCUGCUACUGCUGGACCAAGUGAUGUGAUGUACGCCCAGAUUCAACUCAAAAAGUUGGACAAGAAAAAGAAAAAAAAGCCAGCUGAUCCAAAAGAAAAUCCAGUCUAUUCUGAGGUCAAGUUAGGGAAGGCCACAGCAGCAACUGGACAUGCUGAGGUUGACCUUAAACAGAAGGCCAAAGCCAAGAAGAAGAAAGAAACAGAAACCCCACCUGAGGCAGAUUCGGUCUAUUCUCAAGUGAAGCCAGUCACAGCCCCAGGACCUUGAGGGGGGCAGGGAUGGACGGAUGGAAGGAUGGAGUGAUGGAGGGAUGGAU